GUGGUGGGUUGGCUAUUGGUUGGGUUUUGGCCGCGCAAGAAACCACCCGUAUUUGCAUUUACGUCGGUGGAUAGGAAUGUACCAGAGCCUGAAUUGGGAGCUGCGUUUGCGAGUGAGGGGUCCGGAGAGGAAAAAAUCGACGGUGGAGGGAAAGUAGACUUCGUCCUUUUGGAAUCGGAAUUGGGGGGCGUAUUUCUUGGCGAGCAAAAUGUUGGCGUCGGUGGGGGCUGCUCCGACGAGGGAGGUGCAGAGGGAGGUCAAAAAGAGGGUGAGAGUAAGGAGAGACUAGAGAUUCGUUAG